UUUGAGUUCUUAUUGCUACUGCCACUGCUACCUUCUCACCGUCACUUCUUGUUUUCAAUAAAAAAAUUCAUUUUCAUAAUCAACAAAUUUUGGUUUUGAUGCGCAUACCGAUGGACUGCAUGUUUGAUCCUGGCUGAUUUUGUUUUGAUGGUUUCGGCAGGAAUUCGCUCCAUUUCCGGCCGGAUAAGAGAAAGCUUUAUUGUGGUUGGAGCCUAAAACCAUAAACGCUACGGAAUCCCGCCAUGAUCUAUGAUUUCCAGUCAUAGAUCGUAGCUAGGAGGAAUAAGCAAUAACAGUAAGAAGGGUAGUAUUAGUAGGUUAAUUAGAGAAGACGAAAGCUAUUUAUCUUCACAUUUAUAUUCAGUUCACAUAUAUUUAUCUCCACCAAAACCAAAACAAUGGAGCCUCUAUGUGAGUUUUGUGGGAUGGCAAUGGCAGUUGUCUACUGUAAAUCAGAUAUGGCUCGCCUUUGCUUGUACUGUGAUGGAUGCGUGCACUCAGCGAACGCUUUGUCACGCCGGCACCCUCGUUUCCUUCUAUGCGACAAGUGCAAUGCUCAACCUGCUAUCAUCCGAUGUAUGGAUGAGAAGACGUCCUUAUGUCAGAGCUGUGAUCACUGGAGUCAUACCAAUACUAGCAUUAAUGGAAUUACUACUGCUUCAGCAGGAGGUGGGAUGGGGGGACAUAGGACACAUGCAUUGACUUGUUACACGGGUUGCCCUAGUUUGUCUGAGUUUUCGAGAAUUUGGUCGGUUCUGGAAGGAUCUUCUUCUUCAGGUGGUAAUUUUGAAAGUAGUAACUGGGAUCAGUCACUUGGAUCAGCUGUAGUGGCAACAAACCAGGAUCAGACUAAUUACAUUAGUAAUAAUGGUUUGGAAGGUAGAGAUAAUAAUGACAGAUCAUUUGGGGUGGUUGUCACUGCUGGCAAGUUGAAUGGAGGAUCAUCAUUAGAUCAGUCUUGUGGCCGCAAGUUUGAUACUUGGAUAGCCAGUAGUUCAACUUUGCUUCCAUCGAAUCCGAAUUGCACUACUCACGGUAAAGAUCAAACACCUUUCUUGCCUCAGGAGUCUAGCCUGCCAAAGGGUUGUACCAAUUUUAAAGAUCUUGCAAUUCAGGAUAGCAAUGUUCUCAGUGAUGGCCUCAACGUUGAUGAUGUUCCAUUGACCUUUGAAAAUCCUGAUGGGAUAUUCUGUCCACAAGUUCCUUCUCGAUACCAGUUUGAGGAUAGACUCGAUAGAGAAAUGGAUUGCCUGUUAAUGGAGAAAAGCUUAUCAGUCACUGAAUCUAAUGGUCCUAAAGAGAAUGCUGCACAGGCAUCAUCAUCAGGACAACAAGAACGUGCAGCAUUUCAAUCCUCUUGUGGAUCAGAUACUGUUAUGCCAGGCAUGAAUGGUAGUGCAAACUGCUUACUCAUGAAUCCUACUUGCAGCAGAAGCAUCAACCUUGGAUUUCCUACCGUGCAACAAGUUCAUCCGAGCAUGUCACUUACACUGCCCAGCAUCAGCAGGGAAAGCAAUCCUGAUUACCAAGAUUGUGAAUUGUCAACAGUCUUUCUAACCGGAGAGCCUUGGGAGUCAACUUUGGAGGCUAGCAGUCCACAAGCAAGGGACAAAGCUAAGAUGAGAUACAAGGAGAAAAAGAAAACUCGCACGUUUGGUAAACAAAUAAGAUAUGCCUCUAGGAAGGCCAGAGCUGAUACCAGAAAACGCGUCAAAGGAAGAUUUGUUAAAGCUGGCGAAGAAUAUGAUUACGAUCCCCUUGUGACAACGAGCUUCUGAGGCAUACAUCAGCAGAAAAACUCUAUGCAAGGGCUUAUUGGAUAAAAUAAUCCACCUACAUCCGUGCGCGCAUCAUGUUCCUAGUACUGAGAUGACUGUGAUUCCAUAAUCAUAGAAAAAUAAACCCCACUUUUAUUCCUAUGAAUUUGCUUUGCAUAAAUAUUCUGAACUCAAUCAUAUUUUCAAUAAUGAUUAUCUGAGUCACCAUUUCUUUAAGUUGCACAAAUCAUUCAUUGGCGUUUCUAAAUGAAGCCUUGAGUUCACAACAAUUAGGAGCAUCUGACAACUUAUUGGAUCAAAUUGGUAACUGACUAUAUACUAUAUAUUCAGCCAAAGAAUUUAGUGAAGAACUCCACAAAUUCAACGUCCCUACAACGUACCUUUGCUGCAAACAACCCUAACUACUACUUACAUUUUGCAGCAAUGGUCUCUGCCACUGUAAUUUCUAAAGUAUUGUGAGACAGUGGUAUACUAUAUCAAUUGUGUGUUGGUAAUUGGAUAUCAGGAUUGCAUACUAAAACCCUCUCAUCUAAGCCAUAUAUAUCUACACUUGUUUUUCUUAAAUAGGCAUCUUACCAAGUAAACUUUUGCACUUUAGAAAUAACUGAGCACAGCCUUGCCAGAACAGGCUACUCAUUGUGGAGCAUGAUCAUAAUAUAAUGUUCGAGAAUAAUGAGAAGGUAGCACGGUUUGCAACGAAAAAUACUGCUCAAAUAUGAACUUGUAAGUAACACCGUUCCAAUAGCUCUAAACUUUUUCAGUAGCAAUUUACAAGAAUAGCUUCAAGUAAAACAAUCAAAUUGAGAUACAACUCUUUUGUGUGAAGUAUGUUAAUCAUCUGAAACUGGUUGUUCUUAUAGCCAUUUCUUAAUAAAAAUCCGCUCCAACUACUAGUUUUAGCAGAAUUGGAUGAUUAAUUUAAUUAGGAUGAAUUUGAAAGGAUACUUACGAAAAUCAAUAACUAAGAAGCAUUAUCUCAGUAAUCUUGGUUCUCAUGUCAUUAAAUUGAAGAUUACAAAUGCAUUAAUAAGAAUUUAAAGUUAAUGACCUGACUAAAACUUUGGGUUUCCUCCUUUCUUAUACCUUCGAACUGUUGCUGGCACAAAAAAAAGGUACUUCACAGUUCCAUAAAUUCAGGACUCCAUCUUCAAUACCUCACAGACUAUAUACAUUGGUUCUCUAUCAAUUAACGAUUCAAAAAACACAAUCCCACAAUAGAAUAAAAUCAUAUAAAAAGAAGAAUAACUCAAUAAUUAAAAUGCAUAUCAUAGAAAAUUGAAGGCCGGCCUUUUCCGUUUAGCUGACCAUGCACUGGUUUCUGUGUACCCGACAAAGAAUGGUUGGAAACAUCACCUCCACCGCAAUCCCAACAACAUAUCUUCGAGUAAGAUUCUGGCAUGUUUUACACAACAAACACCUGGCAUGCCUAAGGGCUAAGAAAUUAGCCCCAUGAACCCGUCGGUCACAUUUCCGGCACAAAAAUGCAUCAUCUGCUAGGCAAUACAAUGAAGCCCUUGAGUUGCAGAGUUCACAACAGACCAACCUUCUUGAAGGAGUGAUAAUUGGUGACAGGGAUAAGCCACUCUCGUGUACUCCUUUGCACAUUUUAGAAGCACAAGAAUAAUUUUAUGUGACAAUGGCCAAGAAGUUGGAACCAAAAAAAGCCAUUUAUAAGAUGAAUUCUGUCCUGGAAUUUCAAGUCUCCAGUGACAACCAAGCAUGCGCGACUAGAUGACAAAUGUAUCAUUGUUAUUCCUUUACUUAAGUUCCACACAAAACUUGGUCUAUAAUUAUUUGUAAAAUAGGGCUAUUAGAUUAACCAAGUAUACCACUAGUUUUGUCAAAAUAAAAA